UAUUUUGGUAUUCGCGCACUCUGAAAGCCCAAAGUCCGUCCCGCCAGUUCUCCCUCCCUCUCUCUCUCUCUCUCUCUCUCUCUCUCUCUCACCACAGUGGAACAGAGAAACCCUAGGAGCUGAGAAGAGUAGCUCGCAGCCUCUCGAUCCGUGCUGCAUCCGUUCUGUUUGAUGUGUUUGAAAACCCUUGGUAUCCUUUUGACGACGGCACCAGCGAGAAUCUCCGUUCAGGCAUACCAUAGCAGAAACUGGAAAGCUGUCACCCAUAUUUGCUUAGCUGCAUGGAUAGUGUAGACCCUCACAAUGAAGCUCCUUGCAAUCUUACAUUAAGAGAUAUCACCAACACUGAGCAAGCUCCGUCUGUUAUUAAUGAUGCGAGUGAUAGAAAACGCAAAAGGCCUCUCUACCAAAGUCAGAACAUUUAUGAUAAGGACAAUGCUGAAAUUUUUCAUCCGCCAAAAGCUUACGAAGCUUGCAGGAAUGUUAAGGGAAAAGCUCCUUUUUCAAAUGCGGAAAAAUAUGUUUCAAAGUCUAUUAAAGGAAAUGUUGAAUCACAGAGAGAAAGGCCACCACUUGAGAAGUUAUGCUUAAGAGGUGCUUCUUCUGCUCAAAUAACCAGAUUGAAUAGUGAAGCAGAUGAUUCAUCUAUAGGUCCUGUGGCAAGCUCUAGCAAUGAAGAUGAAGAUCUAUCAACAGAGUCUGACGAGCCAAAACAAACAUUUGGAUUGGAUGAACAGUUAUUGAGAAAUCCUGUUUAUCCAAUCAAGGAUCAUGAAAUGCCUGCAUUUUCAGAUCGUACAAGCUUGGAUUCGUCAUUUUUGAGCCAACAAAAAGCUGAUUUUAGGGAGACAUUGGCUUAUGAAAGGUUACAAAAUAUAAGCCUGUGUGGUAGUUGCCCAUGUUUUUCAUGUAUCAAUGCUGCUUAUAUGUGGUCAGAUCUUGUCUACCAGGAUACAAGAGGGCGAUUGAGUGCACUUAAAUCUAGCAGAAGGCAUGCUAGAAUACUAGAAGGGAAAAUUCUUAGACAUGAGAAAGCUGGUGAAACCUCUCAAUCUCAACUUAAGAGAGCAAAAUCCACAGAAUCUGAUCUAUUGCAACACUGGACAUCACUCGUCCGCCAUACUGCAGAUAGUCUUCAACGUGAAAUUGUGCAAGCUCAAUCGCGGCUCGAUGAGAUCGAAAAGCUGAAGGACAGGUUUAGGAGAGAUCUGGAGGCCCUCAACCCUGUACCACAAAAUAAAUCUGAAUGAUGAUGAUUCCCCUUCUGUAUGAUGCUGUUAUAUUUUUCAUAAUCAUGCUGGUGGCAUCAUUAAACAGGUUUUUGUUACCUUUUCUGAUGUAUCAAUAGUAAUUUUUCUGCAUCUGUUUGUUGAAGACAUUAUUAUUUAGAGGAAGGCAAAAAUGAUCAUGU